AUGUCUGAAACAAAUACUCAGAAAAAGCUGAUGAAUCCACACACAGCAGGCAAAAAGAGUUUUGCUUUAAUCCGUAGUAAAUUGGAAAAAGAAAAGGAAUCUGUAUCCGCUAUGGAGCUCUUUGUGGUCACAACAAGAAGAAAACCUGGUCGUUUGUACAAGGCAUCGAAUGAGUACACAACUAGUAAAAUUGAAAUGCAAGAAAGGAUGCAAAAAAUGGAGAAACAAAUGGAAGAACAAAGGAGAACUAUGCGACAAGAAAUUAUUGCAGAUGUAGUUGCACAACUUCAGCAUGCAGGAUUAAUUGAUCCUAACAUACUAGCAGCAUUGUUUGUUCCUUCCCCAAGAGAAGCUACUUCUGCUCAAACAGCCGAGCAAGGUGAUGAUAUUGAAGAAGGAGAUGAAAGUAGUACUGAAGACUUGACAUAG